AUGGAUGCGAACAGUGAUGCGGACGAAGUGGCGUUCGAGGUAGUGCGUCGACGUCGACGACCCACCCGCCCCGCACGAAGCAAGCCAAGCCAAGCCAGCCAAGCUAGCCAAGCUAGCCAAGCUAGCCAAGCUGAAGCGUCGAGCUCCUCCAAACCGUCGUCGGGGUUUACAUACGCCUCGAAGCCUCGUCCCUCGCCGGGUAGUGGUGAUGAGAGGGCGGUGGAGCGCGCACGGGCGGUGGUCGACUGUAUGACCACCUACCUCGGCUCCCAAUUGCACACGCCCGAGGGAGAAUCGCUUGCACACCGACUCGCACAAACCCUGCACACCGUUUGGUCGGGAGCAAGGCAAGUACCGCGCAAGAUUGUGUGUUUGGGGCUUGGGUCGCCUACAAGUAGCCGGAGUGCGCAGAUCCAGCUGGCGCUUCUCGUGGUUCUGCGCACGUUCUUCACGCACCAACGCGACGCAGCCGAUACCAAGGAUGCAACAAGGUCCCCAUCGGCCGAAUCGGCCGCAAGACGAGUUGCACAACAAGCCACCGCUGCACUAGAGUGCCUGGCGUACGAUCCGAUCUUUUCAUCCUCCGACACCGCACUUCUCGCGCACUACAAUGUGCGCACACUCUCCAGCCACGUUUCGCAGUGGUACGCGCAUCCACAAAGCUUACUCUACAUGCCGCACUGCGACCGCGACCUGUACGAAUCGUGGCUGCACCCCAGGACGCCGUGGAUGUGGUAG